AUGGUGACGAGUGUCCCCACCGUGAAGCUCAACGACGGCCGUUCGCACCCAGUCGUCGGGUACGGCACCUACAAGGCGGUGAACCCGGCCGACUGCGUCGCAAAGGCGCUUGAGCUGGGCUACCGAUUCCUAGACUGCGCCGAAUUCUACGCAAACGAGAAGGCGGUCGGCGAGGGCAUCGCCGCGAGCGGCGUGCCGCGCGAGCAGCUCUUCCUGGCGUCCAAGUGCUGGACGACCACGAUCUACGACGGGCCGGAGGCGGUGCAGGCGCAGCUGGAGAAGACGCUCGCCGACCUGGGCACGGACUACCUCGACCUGUACUGCAUCCACUGGCCCGUCCCCGGCCGCCACGUCGCAGCCUACCUCCAGCUCGAAAAGGCGCAGGCGGCGGGGCAGGUCCGCUCCCUCGGCGUCUCCAACUAUGCCGUCCAGGAUCUCGACGAGCUGAUGGCCAGCGGGGCCACCGUCACGCCCUCCAUCAACCAGAUCGAGAUCAACCCCUUCCUCUACCGCAAGAAGACAAUCGCGGCCUUCGAAAGCCGCGGCGUGAAGAUGCAGUCCUACCGCACGCUGCGCGACGGCAAGGCCUUCAGCGACCCGGCCAUCCUGGCGACUGCGCAGAAGCACGGCAAGACCGCCGCGCAGGUCCUCGGCCGCUGGUGCGUGCAGCACGGCUUCAUCGCCAUCCCAAAGUCGGUCAAGGCGGAGAGGAUGGAGGAGAACCUGGACCUGUUCGACUUUGAGCUCGACGCGGAC